AUGGUAUUACCUAUAAUUAUUGGAUUAGGGGCGACGAUAGUGGCGCUAACCACGAAAGCAACAAUCACCGCAUAUAAACAAUAUCUUCAUCUAACACCUCAAAUGAUAGCCACACUCAAUAAUAUAAAGUUAAUUAAUUUAGAAUCUUCAAUGUCGAUAAACAAGUCUGAUCCACGAUAUGCGCAUUAUAAAUAUUUACGACUGAAAUAUCCCAAUCGACCGUUUCUUGAUCCAAUGACUGAACAAGAAGCAUUAUUGAUUUUAGGUAUUGAAGGCAAUGAUAUUUUAAAUCUUGAUAAGAAAAUGAUUCGAGAUCGAUAUAGAAAAUUAAUGAUUUUGAAUCACCCUGAUAAAAAUGGUAGUCAAUAUAUAAGUCAAAGAAUAAAUGAAGCUAAAGAUAUUCUUGAUAAGAGUUAUAUGGUCAACAAAUAG